AUGGACAACAAACAUCAUAGAGUAAAAGUCUAUGAAAUUGUGGAAGGCAAGCAGUGGAAAGACAUAGGUGCAGGGCAAAUUUCAUCCAAAUACAUCGAACGGCUCCAAGGUGUGUGCCUGCUUGUUCAUUCAGAAUCAGAUGACUCACCAACUAUGGAGAUUAAGAUACAUCCUAAUGUGCCCUAUAAGAAACACCAAGGGGAUGUAAUCCUUUGGUCCGAAGCUAAGAAUCAUGGCAUGGCAAUACAUUUCCAGGAACCAAAUGAUUGUCAAGAGAUCUGGGAAGAUAUCUGCCAAGUUCAAGGAAAAGAUCCAAAAGUGGAAAUCACACAAGAACUUAUUGAUGAUGUGGAAAGUUUUGAAGAUCUGUUGCUGCAAUGGAAUCUGGUUGAGAUGCCAAACUGUAAAAUCCUUACUCUUGAAAAUGUUGUAAAUUUGUUUACUUUUGUCAGUGAAAUUCCAAGCCUCAAGGAAAGGCUGGUGCUCGUCUUGGAAAAUGAAAGUUACAUUAAAAAAUUGCUGCAGCUGUUCAACACUUGUGAAAAAAAGCUGAACAUUGAAGGCUUACACUAUUUGAAUAGCAUCAUUAAAGGAAUAUUCUUUCUAAAUGAUACCCGCUUGUUUAAGAUCAUGUGUUCUGAUGAAUUUUUUAUGGAUGUGGUAGGAUGCCUUGAAUAUGGCCCUGGUUUAGAUCAGCCAAAGCGGCACAGAGAAUUCUUGACUCAAAAUGUGACAUUCAAGGAAGUUAUCCCUAUAACACAACCCCAACUUAGGAAAAAAAUACAACAGACCUACAGACUGCAAUAUGUUCAUGAUAUCAUGUUGCCCACCCCAUCCAUAUUUGAAGAAAAUCUUCUUUCUGAUCUUACCACUAUGAUUUUUUUCAAUAAAAUUGAAAUAAUUACCAUGCUUCAGGAAGAUGAAAAUUUUUUACUUGAAGUUUUUGCUCAGUUAAAAGAUAACACUGUAAGUGAUGAAAGAAGGCAUGAAUUGUUAUUAUUCUUCAAGGAAUUCUGUGUAUUUGCUAAGACACUGCAGUCUCAAGAGAAAAAUGCAUUAAUAAAAACACUGAUAAAACUAGGAAUCAUGAAUGCUCUGAAAGUAAUAGUACACAUGCAUGAUAAACAAAUACAAAUAGCUGCUAUAGAUAUAUUUGCUUAUCUAGUAGAAUAUAAUCCUCGCCUAAUCCAAGCAUAUGCAAUGGAAGAAGCUCAGGACAGUGAAAAUAAUGAUGACCUUCUCAUUAAUAUAAUGAUCAAAAAAAUGAUAUGUGAUUCUGAUCCUGAAUUUUCGCGAGGCAUCAUUUUGCCAGUAGUUCUCCAUGCUCUUCUUGAUCCAGAAAAUAUGCAUGGCACAGCUAAUGGAUGUGAGAAAAAAGGAUUUCUGAAUUUCUUCUAUACACGUUGCAUGAGUAACCUCAUAGCACCAAUUUUGUCUACCACAGUACAAAAUGACAGCGAUGAUAAUAAGGCUAACAUGUGUCCUGACACUUAUCACACUGCACAAUUGCUUGAAGUAGUUUUAGAAACACUCAUAUUUUGUGUACAAUGCCACUCAACAUAUAUAAAAACUUUUAUUUUGAGCAACAACUUGCUCAGCAGAGUCCUUGUACUGAUGGGCUCAAAGCAUACUUUUCUGAUUUUGUCUGCUGUCCGGUUUAUGAGAAAGAUGAUUGGCGUUAAAGACGAAAUGUAUAAUGUUUACAUAAUUAAGCAAAAUCUAUUUGAACCAGUUGUAAAUGUUUUUAUGCAAAAUGGACCUCGAUAUAAUAUGUUAAAUUCAGCUAUUAUUGAGCUAUUUGAAUUUAUAAGACAAGAAAAUAUCAAGUCUCUCAUUGUAAACAUUGUGGAAAAAUUUUUUAUUGCUUUUGAAUCAAUUGAGUAUGUCCAAACUUUUAAAGGGUUAAAGACUAAAUAUGAAGAGGAGAAGAAGAAAGAAAGUCGAAUACAAAGGUAUUUACAUAAUAUAAUAUAUGAGAAAAUAUGUUGUAGACAUAUCAAAGUUACAGAGGUAAAAGUCAAGGCAGCAGACAUAUGUUGUAGAGGAAUCAUGAAAGAAAAAGAAGCUAUUCUACCAAAGGGAAGUGACUUUCCAUGUCAUUAUGACAUAUUCAUGAAAAUUAAAGAGACAAAUGAAAGAGAAAAUGAAAUAGAAUAUCCUAAAAGAAAAUCAUCUGAAGCCUCUGAAUAUUCUCCAUCUCAAGGUGAUGAUUCUGAUAAUGGAACGAGUACAGUUCAUUGUAGCAGCCUGGUCCCUUUAGUGGAUUAUCCAUAUGAUACUGAUGGUGACAAUGAUGAUGAUCCCUAUGGUAACAAUGAAAAUAAAAAUGAAAAUGGAGGUGAAGAACCCCCUCAAAAGAAACCUAACCUUAGUUCAUAA